AAAGAAAAAGAGGAGGUGGAAAAAAGGAGACCAUAGACUUUUACGUUGGCCUAGAGCGGCUCUAAAAGUGGUGGGGAGAGGAGGGCGGGCGGGGAGCACCUCAGAACUGGCCGCCGGAGGUAUCAUGGCGUCCCGGAACCCCCCUCCCCAAGACUAUGAAAGUGAUGACGAGUCUUACGAAGUGUUGGAUUUAACUGAGUAUGCAAGAAGACACCACUGGUGGAAUCGAGUAUUUGGCCACAGUUCUGGACCCAUGGUAGAAAAAUACUCAGUAGCUACCCAGAUUGUAAUGGGUGGCGUGACUGGCUGGUGUGCAGGAUUUUUAUUCCAGAAGGUUGGAAAACUUGCAGCAACUGCAGUAGGUGGUGGCUUUCUGCUCCUUCAGAUUGCCAGUCACAGUGGCUAUGUGCAGAUCGACUGGAAGAGAGUUGAAAAGGAUGUAAACAAAGCAAAAAGGCAGAUUAAGAAACGAGCAAAUAAAGCAGCACCUGAAAUCAACAAUAUAAUUGAAGAAGCAACAGAAUUUAUCAAACAGAACAUUGUGAUAUCCAGUGGAUUUGUGGGAGGCUUUUUGCUAGGCUUGGCAUCUUAAGACCUUGAAUGUUCCAUCUUCAUGGAUCCAACCAUGAGAAGAGAAGUGGUGGUGACAGGGUGGUCUCUCAACAGCACAUGCCACCAGAGUCUCCAGAGCAAGGAGACAAACUUGCUGGACAACACCAAAUGCACAGCUUAGCAUUUUGCCAUCUGAAGCUUGGCAACUAUUAUCUGCUGUAAACAACCCAUGUGGUAUGUGAGCAAUAGUAUUCUUGAGCAAAUCAAAGCUUUGUCAUUGUUGAGAUUCACAUCUGUUUAGAAACUAGAUUAUAAAAUUCACUAUUGGAUAUAGACAUGGACAGAGAAACAAAGCUGUUAUGUGUGUUGCCCAAUAAAAUGUUAUCUUCUUUGUAUUUAAAUGUUCUGCAUUGUGCUUCCUAGUAUGGUGCCAAUAAUUAAAAAAUGUCUUGUAGCUUCAACGUUAGGGCUGAUUUCAAAGAUAUGUUUGAAAUAAAAUGAACUGUAGUGCCCUUUUAUGGAAGGUUUAGAAAUGAUAGAAUUCUUAAAGCUUUUAAGUAGACUGUUCUGAUGUCUCAGUUUUAGAUAGUUUUCCCAGUAUUUCUUACUUUGCUUAUAUAGUAAUUUUACAUUUUAAAAAAGGCUCUUCUAAGAAAAUACUACAUGUGUAAAGCUGUUUUGCCUUUUCUGAUAUCCAUUGUUUUUAAAAAUAUGUUCUUGUGUAUUAGCUUCUAAUCUUUGUUUGGUUUGUUUUAUUUAUUUAUUCUGACAGCCUAGACAGAACUAUUAUAUUGAGAGUACACAUAAUUUCCUCAUUGAUUUAUUUUAACCUCAAAUGCACUUCAUUUUUUUUAUUUUUAAAAAUUAUAAUUAUUAUCUUGGUCUGUUUUCCCCAUGUUAAAAGUUGCCUGAAAAUACUUAGUAGUAUAGCAUUGAUUUACUGUCUGAGAACUGUAAUUUUUCUAUGUAAUCAUAAAAUUGUAGUUUAAAGAGAUUUGUGUCCUUCAUUGAGUCAUAGAUGGAGUACUAAGGCUCUCAGGCUUUGGUAGCAUUACGUUGGUGGAUCACUAGGCUAACUCACUGUUUCUCAGGGCCAACACCACUUGCUUAGAGCCUUCUUUGUCCAAGAAAAGCUUUGUGUAUUAUUAGUUUUGCCCUUAGAAAUAUUGGUUGGUAUUGGGAAAAUCAUAACAAUGGAGGUGGGAUCUUCAGAUUGAAGACUGCAAAUAUCAGACUAUCUCCUUUCUGCUUUUGAUAGGAGGCCCCCAUAGUAAAGUAUGUUUUAGGAUUUUUGUAUUAUAAACAUGUGACAUUUCAUAUUUUCAAUAUUGGCUGUAAGCUACAGCUUAUUAUCGUAAGACUCCUUAAAAUUGAGUGUGGGGUUGAUCUUUAAUUCCUCUUUUCUCAUUAGUGCCUCAGAUACAAUGCUAAAUAAAACAGACUUUCUUGAUA